GUCGGUCGGUCUCGAUUUUGCUUUAUUCGGUAGACUGAACCAUCACGCCAAAAGAGAGAUAGAGAGAGAGGGUGGAAGAUCGUCUCGGCGGAGUUUGGUUUGUCAUCGGAAAUGCAUUCUCUGCCUUCAGAUGAUCGGUUUUUAGCCCCGGGAAGAAGCGGUGUCGUGUUGAUUUAGCUGUCUGCUUUCUGUUUUUUUUCUGGUUUCCUGAUUAGGUUUUUUGAUAAUUGAAAGCGAAGCUAAGCAAGCAAUUAAUUUUGAAAUCUAGCAGAUUUAGAAGUUAUUUUAUGGAUUGAAUUGAAAUAUGUUUAAGCGAUGGAUUAUGUUUAGCGAUUGUGGUAAUCCUAGGGACGAGAGUAUCGGAUAAUUUUUUGUUUUUUCCGAGUUUUUGCAGAUCGGUUUUAUUUUAAGCCAAAUUCUAGGUUUUGUUGAUUGGAUUUGGUGGAUGAGAUUUUUGUAGGUUUUUUCUUCGAUUCGUUUGUUUUUGGCUGUGUAACCAAUUCGUAGUUUGGUUUCGAGUCUCUGAAACACUGUUCUGGUUUUGAGGUUGUUGAGGAGUUUUUCCUUGGAUUGCAAAGAUGAUUUGAAAUUUACUAGAUUUUAGAGUUUGAAGUCGUGAAAGUUGACUGGAAUUUGCGAACCAGCCAAGAAAAAUGGGAGCCUGAACGCUGUGACUUGCAGAAGAUUCAGUCGUUUCCAAAUUUUGUUAUCACACUCUGCUGUGAUGCCUUAUCCAACGAAGAUCCAACCGAUCGAUUUCUACGACCCGCCGGAGUCGGAGCCAAAAUGUGAUGCGGCGGUGAAUCCAGUUUACAAGUCGAGGUUUAAGCGGCUUUUCGAGAGACCGUUCGCGAGCGUAUUGAAAACGCCAGCGCCGGAUAAAUCAGCAUGUUCUAGGGAGACUUCACGCGACGGCAACAAGGACGAAUCAGAAGAGUUUGAGCCUAGCUCGGCGUGCUUGGCGAAAAUGGUCCAAAAUUUUAUCGAGGAAAGCAACGACAAACAACAGAGGUGUGAAAGGAAAAGAUGCAAUUGCUUCAACGGAAACUGCAUGGAGAACUCCGAUGAGGAGAAGGACUCAUACAAUUCCUCUUUCACCCACGCCAUCGAUGUUCUUAAGAGUUUGAUACCCUGUCUAUCCGUUUCCGAAAAGAAUCUGCUGGCCGACACUUCCAAAAUCGUCGAGAGAAUCAAGAUUAACAAGCGUAAAGACGAGAUUUGCCGCAAAAUUGUUGCAGAAAGUCUCAUAGCAGUUGGAUACUCCGCUGCAAUCUGCAAAUCAAAAUGGGAAAAAUCCACCACUCUUCCUGCUGGGGAACAUGAAUACAUCGAUGUGACGAUCGGAUCCGAGCGAUUGAUAGUCGAAAUAGAUUUCAAAUCCGAAUUUGAAAUUGCAAGAUCCACCAAGGCAUACAAACAGCUUCUCCAGACACUGCCGAACAUCUUCGUCGGCAAAGAUAAUCGUCUCGACAGUAUCAUCACCAUUGUCUCAGAAUCAGCCAGGCAAAGCUUGAAGAAGAAAGGCAUGCCUUUUCCUCCAUGGCGGAAAGCCGAGUAUGUGAAAGCCAAAUGGCUCUCGCCAUUCUCCAGAAUCUCCCCAACCUGCAACAACAAUGAUCCAGAAAACAAAGAGGCUGCCGCAGGUACAGCAAAGGGAAGUUCUUGCAACGCUGAAUUUAAGACAAUUGACAAUAUUGACUACUCUCUCUCUCCUUGUCCCAAAACUCUUCCUCCAUGUGAAGGUGAUUCUUCAACAAUGGUGAAACAGUGGGAGCCAUUGGAGAUUAAGCCCAAGAGCCCACACAAAGGAGUGAAGAUCGUUACUGGUAUGAACGAGUACCCUGAAGCCAUAUCUGGCGGUACCAUCUUCCGGUAAGUCCCUACAAAUUCCCUUCGCCUUUUUAUGUAAGGGUGUUAGAACACUUAACUGACAUUGUAGUGUCUUAGCGUGUGCUGAUAUUACCAAUAAGGAAAACACACACAAAAAAAGCCUCGACUUGCUGAUAUUUGAUAACAGUCCUGGCUUUGAUUGUUGUUGUAUGCUUUUUUGUUUGCUGAUAAAUUGAACACAUGAUUAUUAUUA